UUUUUUUUCUGAUUUUCAACCAAUCAGAAUCGCUGUUAGAACUUCCAAACUUUUGGUCACGUGACUUGUCUUCAAGAAGUUUUUCUUACUUUUUCUAUGAUAAAAGUUUCAAAUUGAGCUCUGAGAUGGCUGGGUGGCUCCCAGUGCACGAGCGGAGCAAGUAUGGAGUUGUGAUAGCUAACUUCAAAGAUAAAGGUUCGCAAUGUCUCAAUCUAAUUAUCGGAGAAACAGUUCAUAUUAUGGAGGAAAAUGAGGAUUGGUACAGAGGAUUCAAUCCGAAAGAUAGGUCAAAGAAAGGUAUUUUCCCCAAAAGUUACGUCCUGAUAAAAGAGGCGAUUAUCACAAAAACUGGAACAUAUGAUCGUAUUACUCCCAAGGAGCCCCCUAUUGUCCAAGAGAUCACAUCAGUGUUGCGAGAAUGGGGCCAUAUAUGGAAAAAUCAAUAUAUGAAUUCGGAAGCCAACUCAGAGUUUGAGAACUUGAAGCGCAUGAUGUUAGAGUUGAUCGAUUACAGACGGAGGAUUAUGUCCAAGAAACUCACUCUGGAUGAGAUGAAAGAAGCUAAAAGGAAAGUGACAUCUAAAAUUGACAUGGGCAAUGCACUACUUGGCCUUGACCUUGUUAUACGAGAUGAAGAUGGGAACAUAUUGGUGCCUUCAACCACAAGUGCAAUAAGCAUGUAUAGACAGCAUGUUAAAGCAACUGAACGGAUACAGACUGCUCGCCAAGCAGUUUCGGCACGGCGUAAAAUCAAAUCCAAGUACUCAUUCAACCUAUAUGUCAAUGUAAAGAACUUCGUGUGUCGUAUCGGAGAGGACAGUGACGUGUUGAUGACACUUUAUGAUGCAAAAAACAGCUGCUUUCUAAGUGAGAACUAUCUGAUAGAGUGGGGGCCUCAAGGGAUGCCCAGGGAUAUCAAAAUGUUGGACAAUUUACGUGUCCUCUUUACAGACCUUGGUAGUAAGGAUGCACAGAGGGAGCGUGUCUACUUAAUCUGCCAGGUGAUCAGGAUAGGUACGAUGGAUAUGAAAGAUGCGGACACUAAGAAACUUACUAAAGGCCUACGAAGAGCCUUUGGUGUAGCAGCCAUGGAUGUCACAGAUAUUAUGCGUAGUGAAAAUGAAAUUGAUGAUGACAAGCAGCAUUUUAUACCAUUUUUGCCGUGUGGUGACAAGGAGUCUCUUGACUCUGCUAUCAAGCGUGCACUUGGGGGUAAGGAGAUUAACCAUAAGAGUCAAGGACUCUGGGUUACAUUAAGAAAACUACAUGGCGACAUUAAACAGGUGCGAGAGGAUUUCCCACAUCUUUUAGGCAGUGCUACUACUAUAGCCAGAAAAAUGGGCUUCCCUGAAGUGAUUCUUCCAAGUGAUGUACGGAAUGAUCUGUAUGUAACAAUAAAUAUUGGAGAGUUUAUACGUGGUGCUAAAACUGCUGAUAAGAAUGUCCAAGUGACGAUGACUGUCUGUAAUGACGAUGGUAAAGCAUUACCAAAAGUGAUCUGUGUGGGAGGGGGCAGUGAGCUGUUAACUGAAUAUAGAUCUGUUGUAUAUUACCAUGAAGACAAACCUCGCUGGUAUGAAACAGUCAAGGUGUCAAUAACAAUAGAGGAAUUCUACAAGUCCCACCUGAAGUUUACAUUUAAACAUAGAUCCUCAUCAGACAAUAAAGACAAAGGUGAAAGACCAUUUGAAAUGGCAUUUGUUCGUCUCAUGCAAGACAAUGGCACCACACUUAGUGAUAGCAUACAUAACUUAUUAGUCUACCAGAUUGACUCUAAAAAAGCUGACACCACAAACAUAUACCUGAAUCUUCCUGCCACAAAGGUUGACCUUGAAAGGUCAGGUCAACUAAAAGAGACCCCUUAUAAUAAAGUAAAGAUCCAUGCAGGACCUCUGUCAAUCAACACUAAAGAUAGUUUUAGUAUAUCAACUCUGGUUUGCUCAACUAAGCUCACGCAUAAUGUUGACUUGAUGGGGUUGCUGAAAUGGAGAGAAAAGACCGGGACGAGUGGACUGAAGAACUAUCUCCUUGCUCUGAUGAAGGUGGACGGGGAAGAAGUAGUCAAGUUCCUCCAAGAUGUCCUAGAUGAGCAGUUCAGUAUUCUUAUGCAGAAUUCGGAGAAAGACACCUAUGACUAUCUAGUGUUCGAUGCUCUGAUCUUCAUCAUUGGUUUGAUAGCUGAGCGGAAGUACCAACAAUUCAGUGAAGUCCUUAAUGUCUAUAUCAAAGAGAACUUUAGCGCCACACUUGCCUACAAAAAGCUGAUGACUGUGCUGAAAUCAUACGUAGAUAAAGUUCAAGACAGGAAGAAUCAUGAUGUUCUGUAUAAGUCCAUGAAGGCUCUAGAAUACAUCUUCAAGUUCAUUAUUCGCUCCAGAUCACUUUUUGCAUCAUUGAGUAGCAACCAAGAUCAGAAAGAGUUUGAGGCGUCUUUGGGUGAACUGUUUGAAUCACUGACCAACAUGAUGAAAUUCAAAGCAGACAAUACUCUUUUAGUCCAGGGGGCAGCACUGAAGUACCUUCCCUCGACAUUGUCUGAUCUCAUGACUGUGUGUGACAAACGGGAAUUGAGCAAUAUGCUGGUGAGGUUCAUACAGACUGUCCCCGCUGAUAGACUUACCAAGCAGAAAAUGUUAUGUUUGAAUGAUAUUGUGCACAGUGACAUCUUUCUAGACCCAGAUUGUCGGGAUAUUUUGCUGCCAGUGAUGUGCGAGAACAUAAAGCAUCUACUUGAGAGAGGUUUUGAGUUGGAUGUCUGCGUUGUUAUCAUGUCAGACAUAUUGGAGGUUUUACAUGUGAAAGAUGCAGGCCCCACUGACAAAGAUAUAACAAUGUUGGUGCUUGCUGUUAUGAGAACAGUCAUACAAACAGUCAUACAUAUGAACAGGAAUUCACCACUCAUAGGCAACUAUGUAGCAGUGACUAUUGGUAUGCUACGCCAGAUGAAAGAAACACAUUAUUUGCAAUAUGUCAACAACUUCCCAACAAACCUUGACUUGUUAGACUUCCUUAUGGAGAUACUGAUGGUGUUCCGGGAUCUAGUGGAUAAAAACUGCUACCCCUCUGACUGGAGCGAUAUGGUCAUGAUGGAAAAUAGUGUGAUCCUGAAAUCGUUGAGGUAUUUCUCCCACACAAUACGGGACAAGUUCUCCACACCAUUUGAAUAUCAGUUAUGGAACAAUUUUUUCCACUGUGCAAUAUCCUUCAUGACGCAGAAACCUCUACAGCUGGAGCAGGUCUCCUCAUCAAAGAGAGCCAAAAUAGUCUCAGAGUAUAAAGAUAUGAGAAGAGAAACAGGCUUUGAAAUCCGGUCAAUGUGGUUCAACCUUGGACACAACAAAAUUCAGUUUGUACCCAGCAUGGUUGGCCCUCUCCUUGAGAUGACUCUUCUCUCAGAAAAUGAGCUAAGGAAGGCUACAAUUCCUAUAUUUUUUGACAUGAUGCAAUGUGAAUUUACUCAAAGUGUAGGAGGAAAACUCAAAUCUAUUAAAGGCAACUUUGAAGAGGUGGAGCAUGAGAUAAUAACCCAGUUAGAUAUCCUGAUAGAGGGUGGCAGGGGAGAUACGCAAUACAAAGAUCUCUUUUACAAACUGAUGCAUGGCCAAUGUGAGAAUCAUUCAACGAUGCGUGAACAGGGCCUGGUCUUUGUUGAAAUUGUCAAAAACUUGCUGCAACGUCUUUUAGAAUAUCGUGAUGUCAUCGAUGAUGAAAACAAAGAAAAUAGGAUGAUGUGUACAGUCAACCUGUUGAAUUUCUACCACGAUAUCAACCGUCAAGAGAUGUACAUCCGCUAUCUGCACAAGUUAUGUGACCUCCAUCUGGAAUGUGAUAAUUACACUGAGGCAGCUAACACUUUAAUGCUCUAUGCAAAGCUACUCAAGUGGUCUAAUGAGACUCUCCCUACAAUGUUUGUCAGUGAUAGGCACCCCAACUGUAGGUCACAUAGAAGCCUCAAGGAGGUGCUAUAUUAUGACAUCAUAGGCUAUUAUGACAAAGGAAAGAUGUGGGAAAGAGGAAUUGAAUUGUGCAAAGAACUGAUUUCACAAUAUGAAGAAGAGACAUUCGACUACAAUCAACUUAGCAAACUACUGGUGAGAUACAAAUACAUUAAAGUUUUACCAUUCCAGAAAUGCAGGAUAUUUUCGUCAGCUUGUUUGGUGGGUUAG